ACCCCUCCGCGUUUCCGCCACGCGCUGUCCCCUGUCCCCCCUCGGCCGCCGUCGGCGCCGCGGCGCGCGCGGGGGGCGGGGCCGGCGGGUAGGGAAGAUGGCGGAGGCGUCGCCGCAGCCGGGCCGGUUCUUCUGCCACUGCUGCUCGGCCGAGAUCGCCCCGCGCCUGCCCGACUACAUCUGCCCACGGUGUGAGUCUGGUUUUAUUGAAGAGCUUCCUGAGGAGCCAAGGAAUGCUGACAAUGAGACCAGCUCCUCCACGUCAGCCACUGAUCAGAGCAGGCAUCCUUUUGAGAACGUGGAUCAGCCCUUGUUCACCUUGCCCCCGGGCUAUGGCCAGUUUGCUUUCGGGUUCUUUGACGACAGCUUUGAGUUUCCCUUCGGGUCCAACGUGCAGCAGCCGGAAGACAACCGGGACUCGGAGAACCGGCGGGAGCGUGAGCACCAGUCCCGGCACCGCUACGGCGCCAGGCAGCCCCGCGCCCGCCUGGCCACGCGCCGAGCCUCGGGCAGGCACGAGGGUGUCCCCACGCUGGAAGGAAUUAUCCAGCAGCUGGUCAAUGGAAUUAUUGCACCGACCACAAUUCCAAAUCUAGGCCUGGGCCCUUGGGGAGUCCUGCACUCAAAUCCGAUGGACUACGCCUGGGGUGCCAACGGCCUGGAUGCGAUUAUCACACAGUUACUGAAUCAGUUUGAAAACACUGGACCGCCGCCAGCGGACAAAGAGAAGAUCCAGGCCCUCCCCACCAUACAGAUCACACAGGAGCACGUAGAUUCCGGGUUGGAGUGCCCUGUGUGUAAGGAAGACUACACAGUCGGGGAGAACGUGCGGCAGUUACCGUGCAAUCACCUGUUCCACGACGGCUGCAUCGUCCCGUGGCUGGAGCAGCAUGACACGUGUCCCGUCUGCCGGAAAAGUUUAAGUGGACAAAACACUGCCACAAACCCCCCAGGACUCACAGGGAUGAACUUCUCGUCAUCCUCCUCCUCCUCCUCUUCCUCCAGCUCACCAAGUAAUGAAAACUCAUCGAACAACUCAUGAAUCUUAAUGCACCCUCUGUCCCCGGGGCCCUUCCACUGUUCCCCUUCCCUCCCUGGCCACCACGAGCAGCCAAAGGGGCUUCCAGAGCAGAGCGAGGGGAGGGGACGAGGCAGGAGCAGUGCCCCCAGAAUUUCCUUUUGAUUUCUGAAGACACGGAGCCUCUGGGUCCUUCAGAGAUGAGAAGCCUCAAGUUCUGUGAUGAAAAAGGGGGGAAAGAGCUCUGUCUGUCAAUAAAAACAUCCUCUUUGCGUGGACUUUACCCAUUGCAGUGCGAGGCUGCUGCGCUCCCCGGCUGGGAACCCCGAGGUGCUGAGCGAGUGGUUGAAUCCCGAAUGGAAAGGUUGUUUGUAUGGGUUUGAAUUUGAGAUCCCUUUCUUUUAUUUCUUUUGCUCCUCCUCCCCUUGGAUACUAUCUUUUCUGCUUUUGGAGAUUGACGUCUAAAAUGGAAGUAUAAGGAUGCUGCCUCCCCCCAGGAUCACCAUCUGGGGAGGACCAAUAGCUGUCACUGAAACAGGAACUCUCAAGUAGACCCUGGGAUCCUUCCCUGUCCCAUCUCGAGUCCCUUUUAUUUCUCUUUAUAACCUCGCCCGCUGAUACUCAACACUGAAAGGGGUUUUUAUAAUCUUAAAUUAUUACUGUUGUCAAUAAAUGGACAUUUCAGCUCUGCGAGCCAUUAUGCAUGAUUUGAGGAAAGCUACAGGGUAAGCUCUGAGGCCACCAAGCUGUCCUGCCUUCCCCGGGCAGGCUGGGCCUCUCUGAGCCCUCCUGCGUGCUGGGAGUUCCGGUGGGAGCCACUGCCAGCCUGUGGAUCACUGCACAGGUAGCCAAGGAUCGCAGCUGGAAUCAUCCUCGCCUGGUGUUUUCUAUUUUUUACACCUUCUUCCCCCUUACAAUCCUGCCCCCCUCACAGCUGGGGCAGGCUGUUCUGCUGGGCCGACACAGGACUGGGUGUGCAGCAGAACAAGGACCAGCAAAUCUCAUUGUGACCGAGUAAUUACCAGGAAAACAACAUUUUGGAGAAAAAAAAAUGUAUUGCAAAGCUACUUAAAAUAGAGCUGAUUAAAACAAGGAGAGAGAGAAAAAUA